AUGAAUUACACCGACACCUGGGCUUCACCCUUACCUACAGGGGGCAUGACAGGCCAACUACUCCCCUACGCCGUAGGCCUCCUCGUCGCGUGGCCAGUGGUAACAACAACCCUACGAUUCCAGCGUCUGCGCAAGCUCCACAAGCAAUAUGCCUACCCAACACGGGAGUCGAUGUCCAAAAUGACCGACGAAGAAGCCUUCCAAAUCCAAAAACAAGUGGCGCAGCUUGAAUUUCCGUUUAUAUUCAUCAAGAGCUUGCAAUUCGCCUUAUUCCGGACCUACGGCAUCCCCUCAAUAUCCCACCUCCUCGCAAAAACUACCCAAUUCUCCAGCACGGAAACUUCCCUAAAGCGGUACACAGACACCAGCGUUCUCGUGCAAGAAUGGGUCGGCAACAACCCGACUUCGGAACGCGCGUAUCUCGGUCUUGCCCGGACGCGCUACCUGCACAGCGGGUAUAGGGCCUCUGGUAAGAUCCUCGAUGACGAUAUGCUCUUUACGCUGGCGCUGUUCGCGCUCCAGCCGAUUCGGUUCAUCGAUCGCUAUGAGUGGCGCAAGCUGAGUGACCUCGAGCGCUGUGCUAUCGGGACUUUCUGGAAGAGUGUGGGUGAUGCGCUUGAUAUUAGCUAUGAGAAGCUGCCGUCUGGUAAGACUGGGUUCCGGGAUGGGAUUCAGUGGCUUGAGGAGAUUGAUGCUUGGGGUGAGGAGUAUGAGGCGAAGUUCAUGGUGCCUGAUGUUAAGAAUCGUGAGAUGGCGGAUCAGACUACUGCUGUGCUGGUUUAUAUGCUGCCUGAGAUGCUGCAUCCGGUUGGGUUGCAGGUGGUUUCGUUUAUGAUGGAUGACAGGCUUAGGAAGGCGAUGCUCUACGAACCCCCUUCCGCAUUCUGCACAGCACUCUUAUCAACCAUCCUCACAGCCCGCAGGCUAUUCCUCCGCUACCUGUCUCUGCCACGACCGUACUUCCUGAUCUCCACCUCGAUUGUCGAGGAACCGGAUCAAAACGGUCGCUUUUUCCUCAAGCAAUGGGAGGCCGCGCCGUAUUAUGUCAAGCCCACGCUUUGGAACCGCUGGGGCCCCAUGGCAUGGCUGACUUGGGCUCUGGGGCGGCCUGUGCCUGGUGAUGAGGGAGAUAAGUAUUAUCCUACUGGAUAUAAUGUUCCGGAUGUUGGACCGAAGUAUUUCGAGGGGAAGGGGAGGAAGCAGUUGGAUGAGACUCUGUUGGAGUUGAAGGGGUAUCGGACUGGGAAAUGUCCUUUUCAUUGA